AUGGACCUCGAGUACCGGGGUAUUUUGGCACAGAAUGGAUUCCCUCCGCAUGCAAACCUGAUAUCCCCCCAGGGCACCUCUCCCGACCUUCGGGACAACCCGAGACUUUCACGGCCACUGACAGGCUUCGAGUUCUCAAGCAGAUCCUCGGAGCCCGGAGACAUGGAGAAGACCCCGCCCAUUACGGGGAAGCGGCGGGGUGGGUGUCGAAAAGCAUGUAAUGAGUGCAAGCAACAAAAGCUACGAUGUGAUAUCGUUCAGACACCCGCGGACGCCUGUUCCCGUUGUCGGCGGCUUCAUAUAGAAUGCAAGGUGGAGCCUUCUUUCAGGCGCAUCUCGAAAAGAAAGCGAAAUGCUGAAAUGGAGCGCGAGAUUGCAGAUCUCCGCCAACGGCUCUCUAGCGAUGGCAGUCAUGUUCAUACAGUCGAGCCUCGAGCUAGUGACAAGGUGUCACAGUGCUCUGAGGACAUGUAUUAUGGACCUGAUCCUGCGAACAUAAGUCGGGGUCGGACUAUGUCUGCGAAGCUAGAACCGCAGACUUUAGCCACUCCGUUAACUAUGCACAGCGAUGGGUCCAUCUUAUCUCAAGAUGACAGUAUUUGGAGGCUAGAGGAUGUUUCUCUAUCCCGACAAAGGGUAGCAAGGCUAUUUGACCAGUUCUUCAAGUACUACCACCCUUUUCUUCCACUUCUGAACCCCCAAAAGCAACCUGAAGAGUAUCUCCGUCGUUGUCCGUUCCAAGCAUGGUCAAUUAUUUGUGUCGCUAGCCGGCGAGCUCCGUCAGAGCCGGGCCUACUUAGCGCUCUUUCGGGGCCAUUCAGCAGAUUGUUGUGGUCGACAAUAACAAGCGUCCCGCAGGAUUAUCGUGUUGUCAAAGGCCUAUGCCUUCUCUGCACUUGGCCACUCCCGACCACAAGCCAGAGGACGGAUGCGACUUUCAUGCUAUGCGGAUUGAUGAUGCAAAUUUCCAUGCAGUUGGGGUUGCACCGCCCUGUGCAGGCUGAAGAGUUCACGACAUUUCGGAUGGAAGGUCAAGGUGAAGCUGUAAAGGAUCGGCUACAGACAUGGGUAAUUUGUAAUAUUGUUGCCCAAAAUGUUGCUACUGGGUAUGGUCAGCCUCCAAGUACAAUCUACGAUUGGGCACUUGAACCAGCGUCACUUCGAGAUGCCGACUAUCACCCUCCAGAAGACUUGAAAACACGCCUACGCAUUGAAAAAUUCUGCGAUCGGGUAACAAAAUCUCUAUACAGCAGCAGGCCUGACCCUGCAGAGUUCAUCAGUUCCGAAAAGCUUCUAAUUUCGCAACUUCUGGAAAACGAGCUCCGGGAAAUGGAACUUGACUACGGCCGAAAUAUCUCCGCGAUCAACAUGAUCCAUUUACGAGCUGCGGAACUCCAUUUGCGGUAUUUUGUGUUCUUAGGCUCCAACGCACGAAGCGACGACUUAACUAAGCUUUUUAUCGCCACGACGUCAUUCCUGGGAAGAGUACUAGAUCUCGAGACUUCACCGGGCGAACUCAUUGGCCAUGCAACGAACUAUAUCCUCCAAAUGAUCAUAUCAGCGGCGUUUGCCCUAAUGAAGUUACUGAAAAGCGAUUUUCGACGACACAUCGACUUCGAGCAUGGGAAGUUAUUAUUUAAUGGGGCAAUUUCAGCUUUGAGGAGGAUCAGUGUGAUGGACCAUGAUAGGCCUGUCCGACUGGCAGAUAUUUUGGCCCAGAUGUGGAAUGCUGGGGCCCCCGAGGACUCGGGGGAUGAUACAUUACUCAUAAAGGUCAGAUGUCGCAUGAGCAUGAGCCAUGUUUAUGACACAGUUUGGCGCUGGCGACACCGCUUCCGGCCGUUGAAGGGCACUGAAGAUACACAAGUCAUGACGGCCAAUCCGAACAUCUCAACAGCCGCAGUUCCUCGGCAAUCGGACGGGUCCCUGGAAGACCCAGCACUUAUGUAUCCGCCAAAUUUCGACCAAGAAGGAGCUUUUUUCAAUGAGGCAGGAUUUUCAGAAGUAUUUGACUCCCUCAACUGGGUCUUCGACGGGUUCCCAGAUAGUUUUCCAGCCCCACCGGCUAUCUAA